GCCUUCCCUUGUACAUACAAUCCUUUAAUUGACUCUCGGAGAGGGAAGCAUAGAGGUGCUGGAAUGAUGGCAGAAGGGGGAGCGGAAACAGAGGUUGAAGUGAGGAAAAGGCUGCAGGAACUUGUAGACAAGCUUUAUUAUUUUCGGGACCACUAUUUUGACAGCCACAGUGUGGAAGAUGCUAUUCGGAAACAGUAUGAUGUAAAACAGGAAAUGGAGCAAACCAUUUUUCUGAUAGAGGAGAUUGAUGAUGUUUGGAAGAACAAGGCCUUCUUUUUGAUGCUGAAGGGAAAAGCUCUGAAUGUUACACCCAACUAUUGUCAAGAAGCUGAUGAGCUUCUGUCUAAAGCGGUUAAGCUGGAUCCUGGCCUGGUUGAAGCUUGGAAUCAGUUGGGAGAGGUGUACUGGAAAAAAAUGGAUGUAUCAUCUGCUAAAACCUGUUUUUCGGGGGCUCUCAACCAUUGUAAGAACAAGGUCUCCUUGCGUAACCUGUCAAUGGUAAUGAGACAACAACGAUCACAAGAUGCUGAUGAGAAAUCCAGAAACAUCAUGGACAGCGUGAAACAAGCUAAGCAAGCUGUGCAGAUGGAUACAAGAGAUGGGACAUCCUGGUACAUCCUGGGCAAUGCGUAUCUCUCUCUGUUCUUCUGCACUGGACAGAACCCAAAAAUUUCUCAGCAGGCUCUGAAUGCUUAUCUGCAAGCGGAGAGAGUUGAUAAGACCGCCUCCAGUAAUCCAGAUCUGCACCUCAACCGAGCAACUUUGUGCAAAUAUGAGGAGAACUACCAGGGAGCUCUGGAUGGUUUCUCGCGGGCCGCUGCCCUGGAGCCUUCAUGGACUGAACCUGUGAUGAGGGAAGAACAACUGUUGGAUUAUCUGGGCAGACUGUAUGGCCUGCUGAACAACAAGGGAAAGAUACGUGGGAAGCGACUACAGAACAUGCUGAGUAGUUUAGGUCCUGUUCUUCUGGGUCAUUAUGGUGGCCUCCAGCUGAAACCACUUAGUGCUCUGCAGCCAGGAAGAAACCCCGGUUGUGUGGUUCUUGGAAGAGUUGUGUUCAGCCUAAUGCCCGAGGAGCGAGUGCCAUUUACAUUUGGCCUUGUGGAUGCAGAGGGGACAUGUUAUUCUAUAAUGGUUUACAACAUGGUGGAAAGCUGGGGAGUCUUGAUUGCUGAUUCUGUGACCAUCCCAGAGCCCCAGCUUAAACAUCACAAUAUACAGCAUAAAGGACAGACUUUUGUUUUCCAAAGUAUACGAGUUGACUCUCCAGUUCAGUUGUUGGUGAAUGGCAAGCCCCAGGGACCAAGCACUCAGGCCAGUGCGACGGUGGCUUACAGACCCCAGAGCGAGUGACUUCAGGACUGUGAGAUUUCCUGCUGUAAGCUGUGAAAACUAGGCAUUAGAGCAGGAUGGUUCAAGCUGGCGAUGGCCUUAUGUUCUGUGCUGAAGUGAAAACGCUCACAGGAAUAGAAGAGACUUACAAAAUGCACUUAAUUUGGUACAGUAGUUCACUUUUUCUAACGCCUUGUUGAAAGCCUAUCUUCCGAGUAGAAGAAGUCUGUACCCCCCUCCUUUUUAUAAGACCUUUCUACAUUCCCCAUUGCUUCUAAUAUGUGCCAUUUCACUCAGCUCAUUGUUGUUUUACUGGCUGGUAGAUGUAUUUAUAAAGCAGAUUCAGAUUGUGUUUAUUUAUUUUUGCCAACGCCUUUCAUUGCCCUCGCGUUUAGAGGAAGAUUAAUAUUUCUUUUUUUGUAAAAAAAUAAAUUUUGCAUUUAUUUGCUAAUAAUUUA